UCCCUCCUUCCCCCUGCCCACACGCCGCUGACCGCUUGAAUACUGAGGUGGUGGUGGCUGUUUGCAGCAAAGGGCCUCGCCUGGCCCCUGCGCCCUGCUGCAGGAAUGGGUUACCUGAAGCUGUUAGUGGUGAAGGACUUCAAGUCGUGGCGGGGGCAGCAGAUUAUUGGCCCUUUCAUGAGGUUCAGCUGCAUCGUUGGGCCCAAUGGAUCAGGCAAAUCUAACAUAAUGGAUGCUGUUAGCUUUGCAAUGUGUGAGAAGACCUCUAAUUUGCGAGUUAAAAGUGUUCGAGAGCUCAUUCAUGGAGCACAUGUUGGAAAACCAGUUUCUUCUGUGGCCAGUGUGACCAUGGUGUAUUGUGAAGACGAUGGGGAGGAGAAGAGAUUUUCAAGAGUUAUCCGGGGUAAUUGUUCAGAGUUUCUUUUCAAUGAUAAAUCUGUCAGCCGAUCUGCAUACCUGUCUGAGCUUGAAAAAAUUGGCAUCUUUGUCAAAGCUAGGAACUGUCUGGUGUUUCAGGGAACAGUAGAAUCAAUUGCAAUGAAAAAGCCAAAGGAAAGAACUCAACUCUUUGAACAAAUCAGCAAUUCAUGGGAGUAUGCUGAAGAAUAUGAACAAAAGAAGAAUAAAAUGCAACAAGCAGAAGAGGAUGCACAGUUUAAAUAUAACAAGAAAAAAAGUGUUGCAGCAGAACGCAAACAAGCAAGGGUAGAGAAAGAUGAGGCAGAGCAUUACCAGAUGUUUAUCAAGGAGCUUGAUGAAGAAAGGAUCCAGCUGAAGCUUUUCCAGCUUUAUUACAAUGAAAAAGACAUUGACUUCCUGCGAAAAAGUUUGGAUGAGAAGAAUGUGGAGGCUAGUAACAAGAAAGAGUCUCUUUCUGCAGCAGAAGAUGCAUUUAGAGCCAAGAAAAAAGUGCUUGGUGUACUAAGCAGAGACCAACAGCAGAUGGAAAGAGAAAUGAAGGCUCUCGAAGCAUCACUGAUUCAGCAGAGACCUCUCUAUAUAAAAGCAAAGGAGAACACUUCAUACCAAAUCAAGAAAGUAGAAAUGUCUAAAAGAUCUCUAAUGGAGAAGGAGAAAUCUUGUGAUAAAGAAAAGCAGACCAUAAAAGAACUUGAGAUAGAACUGAAUGAUAUUGAGAACGCAUGGAGAGCAUUUGAGAGGAAGGCUGAGAAGCUAUUGCAGACAGCAGCAGAUGUUGAGCUGGGAGACAGUCAGUUUGAGCGUUACAAAGAGCUGAAGGAAAUGGCAAGAAAGCAAGUAGCUACAAUAACCCAGCAGCUAGAAAAGCUUCGUUGGGAGGAUAGAGCAGAUCAAGAAAGGCUGAAGCUUAAUCGGAGGAAGAAAAAAGAAGUUGAGGAAUACAUAAAACAGACUGUGGAACAGAUAGAAGAGCAUGAAAAAAAGAUAGAGAAGUUGGAAGAAUACAUCAAGAUGUGCACUGAAUCGCUGAAAGAGAAGCAGCAGCAGGAGGAGGAGCUAUCUAAGGAAAUUGAAAAUUCAACGAUAAGAAUGGCUGAAGUGAAUGAAGAUUUGAGCAAAACGGUUGGAGAGCUGCAGAAUGCCAGAAUUGAUUACCACGAGACAAGGCGUCAGCAGAUGAAAGCAGAGAUCCUGGAGAGUCUCAGAAGACUGUAUCCAGAUUCUGUGUAUGGAAGAUUGCUUGACCUGUGUCAUCCUAUUCAUAAAAAAUACUACCUUGCUAUUACCAAGGUAUUCAGCCACUACAUGACUGCUAUUGUUGUUGCCACUGAGAAGACAGCGAGGGAUUGCAUUAGGUACCUAAAAGAAGAACGAGCUGAGCCUGAAACUUUUCUUGCAUUGGAUUACCUUGAUGUGAAACCAAUCAAUGAAAUGUUAAGAGAGAUAAAAGGAGCUAAAUUGUUGGUGGAUGUUGUACAAACUCCGUUUCCACCAGUGAAAAAAGUGAUCCAGUUUGUGAGUGGGAAUGCCUUGGUCUGUGAGACAGUUAAAGAAGCAAAACAAAUAGCAUUUGAUGGACCAGUGAGAUUGAAAACAGUGGCUCUGGAUGGAACUUUAUUUUCAAAAUCUGGAGUGAUUUCUGGAGGAUCAAGUGAUCUAAGAUCUAAAGCUAGAAUUUGGGAUGAAAAGGAAAUAACUAGAAUGAAAGAAAGAAGAGAUAGCUUGAUUAGUGAGCUAAAGAACUUAAUGAAGGUCAAGCGUAAGGAGAGUGACUUGAAGCAGCUGCGUGCUCAGUGCAGCGGAGUUCAGACACGGCUCAAAUACUCGCAGAGUGAAUUAGAGAUUAUUAAAAAGAAACACCUUGCUAAUCUCUACAGGGAAAAAUCAAAACUGGGAAGUGAAUUGGUAAAUAUUGAGUCUAGUCAUGAUAUGCUGAAUGAAGGAAUAGCACAAAGAAAUGAAAAAAUGGAAGAGUUUCAGAAGAAGAUUGAUGAGGCUGAAGAUGCUGUUUUCCGGGAGUUCUGUGAAGAAAUUGGGAUAGAAAAUAUUCGUGUGUAUGAACAAGGACCCGUGAGACAACAGGAGGAGACUGCUAAGAGAAGACUGGAGUUUGAAAGUCAGAAGACACAACUGAAUACUCAGCUGGAGUAUAACCGUGAUCAUCUACAGAAGUCUACAAAUGCAGUCAGCAAGUUGAGGGAGACCAUUCAUAAAGAUGAAGCUGAGAUCACCAAGCUACAGAAGGAUGAAAAGAUGCUUCUGAAAAAAGUGAAUGAAAUUGUGGAAGAGCAGCAGCUUCUUAAGGACAGGUUGAGUGGUCGUAAAUCUGAGGUUAUAAAAGCCCAAAAUGAAGUGGAAGAGUUAAGAAAGACAGCAUUAGCUGUUAAUAGAGAAGUGACAAAAUUACAAAAGGAAGCUACAGCUAUAGAAUCCUCUCUGGAAGAGAAAAGAUUAAGGCGACAUAAUUUGCUGCUUGAAUGCAAGGUGGAGGACUUGAAGUUACAGCUGCUGUCUGGAUCGCUGGAUGACAUCAGCGAAGUAGAGCUGGGAACUGAAACGGAAGGCACCCAGACUACAUCAAGUAUCUAUGAGAGAGAAGAGGCAAUUCAGAUCAACUACAGCAGCCUAUCAGAAGAAUUGAAGGACCUAGAGUCUGAUAAGGACAUAGAGGAACAGCUGCAGCAGAUGCAGCAGGAAAUAAGAUUAAAAGAGAAUACUUUAAUGAAGACAGCUGCACCGAACCUGAGAGCAGUAGAGAAAUUACAGAUAGCUCGAGACAAGUUCCAAGAAUCAAUAGAUGCUUUUGAGGCCAGCAGAAAGGAAGCCAGGGCAUGCAAGCUGGAGUUUGAGCAGGUGAAGCAAAGGAGAUAUGAGCGCUUCAGCCGGUGCUUCGAGCAUGCCUCCGUAGCCAUUGAUCAGAUCUACAAGAAACUGUGCAGAAGCAGUAGUGCUCAGGCAUUCCUGAGCCCGGAGAAUCCCGAGGAGCCUUAUCUGGAAGGCAUUGGCUUCAACUGCGUGGCUCCAGGAAAACGCUUUAUGCCAAUGGACAGUCUGUCAGGAGGAGAAAGAUCUGUGGCAGCUCUGGCCCUGAUGUUUGCUAUACACAGCUUUCGACCAGCACCUUUUUUUGUUUUGGAUGAGAUAGAUGCUGCCCUGGAUAACACAAACAUUGAUAAGGUCUCGAGUUUCAUUAGAGAACAGGCCCACGAGCAGAUUCAGAUGAUAGUCAUUUCUCUGAAGGAAGAGUUUUAUUCCAAAGCAGAUGCAUUGAUUGGAGUGUGUCCAGAGCAAGAUGACUUCGUGUUCAGCCAGGUGCUGACUAUGGAUCUUACCAAGUAUCCGGACGGUGAUGACCAGGAAACAAGAGAGAAGCACAAGCGCAGUUCUGCUUCAGAGUGACGCGUGGAUGAGUUCAGGGGCAGGUGACGAUGCCAAGAACUGAGCUGGCAGUGAAGAGUCUGAGUAUGGCUAUUGGAGGUUAAUAGAGAAAUGUUCACCUUUCAGGUUAAGUGGGUUUAUAAAAUACUGAAAGCAGGCACUAGUACUUUUGGUGAUUAGUAAGAGCUAGCCAGAGGUGGGUACUGAAGUGUGUCCAUUGUGGUGAGCAAAGCUUUCUCCACUCUUUUGAGGUUCUGUGCCUUAAGGUGACAGUUUACAGGUUCACAUAAGCAGUGUUAGAGAGAAGCAGGCUCCUGCUGCUUUUAUGAAAGGUGCUGUGUCCAGACCUAUCUCCAGUGCACUUAGAUGCCUCCUACGGCUGGUCACUCUUUUUGUGUUGCAUUUACCCUCAGACAGGUUUAUUGCCCAGAUCUGGAAACAAGACACUGGAAUCUGCCCAUUAUCUUCUAAUGAUUGUGACACCCAGAAAGGCCUCAGUCUCCCACUGCAACUUCACAAAAACACUGGGUAGCUUGACAAAACAGCUCAUGGUGCAUCUCUGCAGAUGUGAACUGGAAAAGAAAUCAACUUUGACGUUUUCUACCCCACUCACACAUGGAAAGAACCAACCAGGUAUGAGCCUCAUGCCAUAGAGAGCAGCCUUGCCACAUCUGUUGGUUUGCAGUUGGGAUUGCUAGUGUCUAGGCUUCUCACCAGUCAAGGUUUGUGUUUUGAUAGAUGAAGCAUGGCUAACAGUCAAGUUAAUGGAGCUAGUUACAGAACACUGUUUGAGAGGGUUUGAAUCACUUCCUCUGGCUUAUGUUCACCUCAGUGUGUGCUGAAGAGCUUUGCUUGGUUUAUGUGUGUUCAUAACUGCAUCUUACAUUCGUGUGCUAGCUUCCUUUUGUCCACCACACUGUUUAUACUCACCUACCUCUGCUUGCUGGGCACAAGGGAUGGUGUCUGAGCAGGUGGGGUUACUGCAUAAGGAAGCAAUGACACACAAGCAGUAGCUAGUAUUUUCUUGUGGGCACAGUUCAGCAACCUCAGUCUGCUCACAGACAGCUGCUCAUUAAAUAAAAUCUACUGCAAGCCA